AUGGUGAUGAAUAAUGAGGAUAUACGUACGAUUAUUGGAAUCAUCGGGAAUGUCAUCUCUUUCUUCCUGUUCAUCUCACCAGCGCCUACAAUUUGGAGAAUCUUCAAGAACAAAUCGGUAGAGGAGUUCUUGCCAGAUCCUUAUAUAGCAUGUGUUAUGAACUGUUUGCUAUGGAUCUUCUAUGGUAUGCCGUUUAAUCAUCCUGAUAGUACCCUUGUGGUCACUAUUAAUGCUACUGGUCUAGUUUUGGAGCUCAUCUAUCUCACUUCAUUCCUCAUUUAUGGUAAAAAUUCACACAGGAAGAAGAUCAUAGCGUGGUUAGCUAUCGAGCUUGUUGGCCUUGGUGCUAUUGCAGGUCUUGAUUUGGGAUUUUUCCAUACCCAUGCUAGCAGAUCCAAUUUUGUUGGAAUCUUCUGUGUGGUGUUUGGUAUCAUCAUGUAUGGUUCUCCUCUAACUAUCAUGUGGAAAGUGAUCAGAACUAAGAGUGUUGAAUACAUGCCAUUCCCACUUUCAUUGGCUGCUUUCUUGAAUGGUUGCUGCUGGACAACUUAUGCUCUCCUCAAAUUUGAUCUCUUCAUUCUGAUUGCAAAUGGUACUGGGGCAGUGCUUGGGUUAACUCAGCUUAUUCUAUAUGCAUGUUUCUGGAGAACAACUCCAAGGAAGAACGAAAGGCCACCAUCUGAGGUACAGCUUCAAAAUGUAUAG